AUGGAGUUCAGGACACUGAAUGUCGACGGAACUAGGUUGCCGCUAAUAACUGAUGAUCGCGAGUACUUGACAGUCAGACUUCGAGUAACCCACAUUUAUGAGGCGAUAUUCCGCCAUCUUGAAGGUAGGGAAACCAUCUUGAAUCGACAAGAAAUCUUUCCACCUUCUCGUACAGUCUUCUAUCUCCCAAUACACCUGCGCUCGCAAUCCACAGCCCACCACCACAUUCUCAACCAACUCACUAGUUUCGGUCUCGGUAGUGGUCUCAGUAGUGAGUUAGCCAAACAAAUGGCCACCGAAAUGCUCUUUUCUUUCCAAGGGAUAUCCGUUGCCGGCUCCUCCAACCACUUCACGUUUAACGCACGGAUUGUCUGGACUGAAGUUAUUUUUGAUGAAGGGAUCACGGGACAGAGAAUCCAUAAUUUUGAGGAAGUGCUCGCUUAUUAUAGGAGCGAUCUAGGCCAGGCCGAGUUUGAUUAUGGUGGUGGCAACCGAGAUAGUUCUGCAAAUGAUGGGGUAUCCACCUCCCUGCUUGAAAAACUGAGAGCAGAACGGAGGGUUGAUCGUACCGACGCUUGUGACACUAUUGAAGGCCCUUGUGCCAUAUGUCUCGACGGUUUUGGUUCGGCCAAGGAGCUGAUUGACAUGCCGUGUCGCCACAUCUUUCACGAGUCAUGCAUCUUUAGCUGGUUGAAGACGAAAAACACCUGCCCACUCUGCCGUCAAAGGGUCGACCUCUGA